AACAGAAAAAAGAAAGGCUGAACCCGGAAGUGCGCGCUCCGCCGCUGAUCCGUGGAUCCACCGACACGAACGACGGCUGACGAGUCGCAGCUCCGUCGGGAGGUCGUCAUGACGUCAUCACCGGAGCUUCCCGACGAGCUGUGGCUGCACGUGUUCACUUUCCUGUCCUGGAGAGACAAACUGAGUGCUCGCGCUACCUGUUCAUAUUUCAGACACCUGUUGGAUAAGGCCCGCCCCCUGUGGAAGGACUUUAGCGUCGUGCUGCGUCACUUCUCCAGGUACAACCAUGCGUUCUGGCGCAGCCUGGCUCAGCGGCACGUGGGCAGCAUAUUGUUGCGUUCAGUAAAGAGGAAACACCUGAGGGCACUGUUGGCAUGGUUACCUGCGCUUCACGCACUGCGAUUGGACGACUGGAGAGAAGGACACGUCACCGAGCUCCAGAGGUUCCGGCACCUGCAGCAUCUGUCACUCACUUCCUGUUCAGUGCCACUAAAGAACCUGGACUUCCUGUUUCCUCUGAGUCGUCAGCUGACACACCUGAGCCUGUGUAACGUUCAGUUCACCUGUGCGUCCUCGCACCUGUUGGCCACCAUCGGUCAGCUGACUCGUCUCACGUCACUGGUGCUGCAUCACGACGGCAGCGUGCGCGUGGCGACGCUGGGCGGCGUCCUGAGUCACCUGACCGAGCUGCGACACCUGUCCUACACCAUGAUCACCUACAAGACCCUGUCCCGGGACUUCUUUGGCCACGCCCACCUCGCAGCAGGGGGCGCUCUGCAGCUCACUGACCUUCAGCUGCUCGACUACGACGCCGCGCUGACACCUGAGGUCCUGCAGCCUUUGUCCCGCCUCCGCAGUCUGUCCGUCUUCCACCUGUACUCUGUCCCCGGACCCGUGUGUCACAUGACCACAUGGAUGACAUCACUGCCACAGCUGCACAGCCUCAGUGUGUACGGGGGACAUCCUCUGGCGUCGUACGCAGACCUGCUGCCGUCCUCCCUCAGGAGUCUGACCCUAAACGUGGAUCUGCAGCACGAAGACCUGCAGGUGGUUUCACAGAGAGCUCCUCACCUGGAACACCUGCACCUGGAGCCCUGGAGCUCCUCCUCCACACUCAUCGCACUCCUCCCACAUCUGUUCCCUCACCUGAGAACUUUACGCAUCAGACAUCACUCCGUCUCAGACGUGGACUUCCUGGCCCUGCAGCGGCUGCAGCAUCUAAACAAGCUUGAGGUUCUGGAUUCGUUUCACAGACCGGACCCAAGCGAUCCGAGCUGGGUCGUGUACGAGCCAAGUCCUCGUCUACAGGAACUCGUCUGUGGUCUGCAGAAACUGACCAACCAGAGAGUUCAGGUGGUGACCAGCUCACACCGAGACCCUCUCACCUGUGUGUGUGUGUGAAGGAAUCAGCAUCAGUACCAGGUCUAGUCUGUUCUUACAGGGUCUCCACAGCUGAUCAGUCCCUGCAUGUCCUCUUCUGAUGAUGUGGUCCAAGGUUCCCUGUCUUUCUCACCGUCUUCAUCCCUCCACAGGUGUCGUGGCUAAGUUAACCGUUCAUGGGCGUGGCCAAGGUGAAGCUGCUCUUAUUAACUCACGAUGAAAUUUAAUGUUUGUCAUCAAGUGGAAACAUUAGAAAAGUUAAAUGUGACGACGGAUCGUCAGGGGCAACGCUCGGUGUCUCAUUAGCAUGUAGACUGGGAAUUGAGUUGUUUAAAGUGAUGAGCUGAUGUUUGUCACAAAGACACAAACAGUGUAAAACAAAA